GAGUACGCGAAAUCACGCAUGUUGGCGUACUAUGACCUCAAAAGUACCCUUCCAGAAUCCGAGUUGGAGAACUGUCCCGACGCUACUUUGCCUGAAGUUCUCUCCUCGCCGGUAUCUGAGGCCCGGCCAACGAUUGAUAACAAUGAUACUAUUACUGCCGAAAAUCAUUCCGCCAUGUUCUAUGUUAACCAAGAAAUUGAUGCAUGA